AUGAAUGAACAAAUUGAGUAUCAAAUACAAGUGAUCAGAUUAAAAAGAAUCCAAGAACUAACUAAUCGAUUAAAACUUGCUUUACAACGUGAAAGAAUUCCUGCUUCUACUGCUAGUGGCUUAAUUAUCAAUUAUGUUGAAGAAACUCCUGACUAUUUAAUUCCUUAUAAUUGGAGUUUACCUCCAGAUCAGAACAGGUUUGCCAAAUAUAAACAGUUGAGAAAUGCACGCAAUUCAACUCAAGCUACAGUAGGUUGUUGUACAAUUGUUUGA